AUGGCUGCAGCAAGCUCGAGUCAGCUCCAGAAUAUCUAUUACGAGAGGAAGACAGGUACACCGAGACCAUGCUACAUAUGCAAUAGGCCCACUACGACAGUGUUAGCGACCCUCAAGACGGAAGAUUUCUUGUAUACUUGCGAUGCACAUCUGACGGAUAGCGCAUCACCCAUCCCUACACCCGCAUCUACCCCAGGUCCAUCAGCAGACGACAUCAAGAAGGUGAUAGCGGAUUAUCAUCAGCGAGAGGCUCGUAAAUCGGACAAGGGGGAUAAGGACAAGGACAAGGAUAAAGACAAAGAUGAGAAAGAGAAGGAUAAGGAGAACGAUAAGAAAACAGUAGAUUCACCUAAAUCACCUUCGACACCUUCCAUACCUACUUCGUCGAUACCUCAAAAUCCGACUCAUCGCAAAUUUCAAUUACACAGGCAUAUAUUCGAGAUGAGGAAGAACGAGCUGAGGAGGAAAGAGCAGGGCAAUAAAGCAAAGGAGGUGUCGAAAGGACUACCACAAGUGCCUCGUACGGCUUUUUGA